AUGCCGGCCCUAAAAACAAACAUCAUCACUCUAUUCACCAUCACUCUCCUCCUUCUUCUACACUUCACCACCGCCACAAAAGAUGACCUGCACUACGUGAACCCGCUCAUCGGCUCCACAGCCGGCGGCAACGUCUUCGCCGGAGCAAGUCUACCCUACGGCCUGGCCAAACCCGUCGCCGACGUCGACGGUCAAAACACAGGCGGUUUCUCAACGGAUGGCAGCAAUGUCACGGGUUUCUCGCACAUGCACGAUAGCGGCACGGGGGGGAAUCCGUCAAUGGGCCAGUUCCCUUUAUUCCCGCAAUAUUGUCCCGAUAAUGUCGUGGAUAAUUGCAAGUUUGGGAAGUCCGCUCGCGCAACGCAUUACGUGAAUGAAUCUGUGACGGCCAGGCCAGGGUAUUUCGCUUUGGAAUUGGUGAAUGGGAUUAAAGCUGAGAUGACGGCUGCGAGGAGGACGGCUGUUUAUCGAUUCACUUUUCCCGAGACUCGUGCUGAUGAUGGGAGUGUGCUUGAUCCGUUGAUUUUGAUUGAUUUGACCGAUCUAUGGGAUAGUCGGCAGAAUGCUAGUAUCAGUGUUGAUCCUGAUACGGGGCGUGUGAUGGGAAAUGGGACUUUUUUGCCGAGUUUCGGAGCUGGAUCGUAUCGGGCUUAUUUCUGUGCGGAUUUUGCUGGGGCUCAGGUGAGGGAUGGUGGGAUUUGGGUGAAUGAUCGUGCGGGAUCGGAGGUGAAGGAGGUUUUUAUCACGAGGGGGUUUAAUAACUUUUAUCUUCAGGCGGGUGGGUAUGUUAGUUUUGUGAGGCCUGGGGAUGGAGUUGUUACGGUUAGAGUUGGGGUGAGUUAUGUUAGUUCUGAACAGGCUUGUUCCAAUGCGGAGGACGAGGUGUCGGAUCCGGUGAAGGACUUUGAGAGUCUUGAGGAAGCGGCAAAGAUUGCUUGGAGUGAGAAGCUCAGUCCUAUCAAGGUGAUCUCUGGUGGUGUCAGUGAUGGGUUGCUGAGGUCCUUCUGGAGCGGCAUCUAUCGGACUAUGCUUUCGCCUCAGGAUAUGACCGGGGAGAACCCUCUGUGGAAGAGCGAUGAGCCUUACUUCGACUCGUUCUAUUGUCUCUGGGAUGAGUUCAGAGCUCAACUUCCACUGUUGACCAUCAUCGAUCCCCAGACGCAGUCUAAGAUGGUCCGCAGUUUGCUUGACACAUUCAAGCAUGAAGGCUGGCUACCCGAUUGCCGCAUGUCCCUCUGCAAGGGCUGGACACAAGGCGGAUCAAAUGCAGACGUGGUUCUCACAGACGCCUACGUCAAAAACCUGACUGGAAUCGACUGGGAGCUGGCAUACAAGGCCAUGGUCAACGAUGCCGAGAACGAGCCCUUGGAAUGGUCAUACGAAGGACGCGGUGGUCUGCAAAGCUGGAAAAAGCUAAACUACAUCCCGUACCUGGACUUUGACUACCUGGGCUUUGGAACCAACUCACGCAGUAUAUCCAGAACCGUGGAGUAUGCGUAUAAUGACUAUGGUCUUGCGGUUGUGGGCAAGGGACUUGGCAAGAAGGAGUAUACCAAGUAUCUGUCUCGAGCGGGUAACUGGAAGAACCUGUUCAAAGCUGAUCAGAAGUCAUUCUUGGAGAAUGGAACUGAUACGGGCUUUACGGGCUUUUUCCAACCUAAGUAUCUUAAUGGUACCUGGGGGUUCCAAGAUCCGAUUGCCUGCAGUGCGCUGGCAUCGUGGUGCUCAUUGACAUCCAAUCCGUCGGAGACUUUCGAGUCCAGUAUUUGGGAGUAUCUUUUCUUCGUCCCCCACGACAUGGCAAGUCUAAUUAAGCUCCUCGGCGGCCCAGACUCCUUCGUAAAACGACUAGACUACUUCCACACAUCCGGCCUCGCCGACAUCAGUAACGAGCCCGUCUUCCUAACAGUAUACGACUACCACUACGCCGGCCGACCUGCUCUCUCCACAUCUCGAGUCCACAGCUACAUCCCGCGGACAUUCAACGCAUCCAACAACGGUCUACCGGGUAACGACGACUCCGGCGCAAUGGGCUCAUUCCUCGCCUGGAGCAUGAUGGGCCUCUUCCCCAAUCCAGGCCAGAACGUCUACCUAAUCACGGCUCCAUUCUUCGAAGCCGUCGAAAUCACUCAUCCAGAGACCAAUCACACCGCUACGAUCCGAAAUGUAAACUUUGAUCCCACCUAUCGGAGCGUCUAUAUCCAGAGCGCUACGCUCGAUGGAAAACCGUAUACAAAGAAUUGGAUUGGUCAUGAGUUUUUCACACGAGGGAUGACGCUCGAGUUGAUGCUUGGGGACCGGGAGAGUGAUUGGGGUACGAGGGAGGAGGAUUUGCCGCCGAGUCUGAGCGAUGCUUUGGUCCAGGAUGAGAUGCAGAUGCAGAUGUUGGAUGCAUGA